AGGCUGUGAAAGGAGGUUGGCACUUUCAAGCUUACUUCUCCCUAUGUCCACAUACAGGCAGAGGCUGAAAUCUGCUGCCCUGGAGCACAGCUCAGGAUGAGGCGCGAAUCAACUCCCAAUCUAGCUCAAACAGAAGUUGUCCAAAUAAAAGGUCAGAGUUUGAGCUCUUCACACCACUUAGCCCAGACAUCAUCCCUCUCAUGCUGUCAGUAGCGCAUCGCCCAGCCUGCUGCUUAAGCAGCUGCUAAGGGGCUGCUCAUCUUCACUUGCACCUGCAUCAGGCCAUUGACAAGCUCCUUGAACAGGCAGCGCAGGCUCUGGUUGCUGAGAACAGGCUGGGCUCAGUGCUGCCAGCCAGCCCAUCUCUUGUGGACUUCACCGGGGAUAUUUUUGACCUUUCAAGGAUGAUUGAGGAAAGUGGGAACAAGCGGAAGACCAUGGCAGAGAAGAGGCAGCUGUUCAUAGAAAUGCGUGCUCAGAAUUUUGAUGUCAUACGACUAUCAACUUACAGAACAGCUUGCAAAUUGCGAUUUGUACAAAAACGAUGCAACCUCCAUCUUGUUGAUAUCUGGAACAUGAUUGAAGCCUUCCGAGACAAUGGCCUUAAUACACUGGACCAUACCACUGAGAUCAGUGUGUCUCGCCUCGAGACCGUCAUCUCAUCCAUCUACUACCAGCUGAACAAGCGCCUUCCUUCUACUCACCAAAUCAGUGUGGAACAGUCCAUCAGCCUCCUCCUCAACUUUAUGAUUGCUGCAUAUGACAGUGAGGGCCGAGGCAAGUUGACGGUAUUUUCAGUUAAAGCUAUGUUAGCAACCAUGUGUGGUGGAAAAAUGCUGGACAAAUUGAGAUAUGUUUUCUCCCAGAUGUCAGAUUCCAAUGGCUUAAUGAUAUUUGGCAAGUUUGACCAGUUUCUGAAGGAAGUUCUGAAGCUCCCAACAGCUGUCUUUGAAGGGCCAUCUUUUGGUUACACAGAACACUCAGUCCGCACCUGUUUUCCACAGCAGAAAAAGAUAAUGCUAAAUAUGUUUUUAGACACCAUGAUGGCCGAUCCUCCUCCCCAGUGCCUUGUCUGGCUACCUCUCAUGCAUCGGCUUGCCCACGUUGAGAAUGUCUUCCACCCUGUGGAGUGCUCCUAUUGCCGGUGUGAGAGUAUGAUGGGUUUCCGGUACCGAUGCCAGCAGUGCCACAACUACCAGCUCUGCCAAAAUUGCUUUUGGCGUGGCCAUGCCAAUGGCCCUCACAGCAACCAACACCAGAUGAAGGAGCAUUCCUCUUGGAAAUCCCCUGCAAAGAAGCUGAGCCAUGCAAUUAGUAAAUCCUUGGGGUGUGUACCCACCAGAGAACCUCCGCACCCUGUUUUUCCUGAACAACCAGAGAAACCACUUGACCUUGCAAAUAUAGUUCCUCCUCGCCCUCUGACGAAUGUGAAUGACACCAUGGUGAGCCACACGUCCUCUGGGGCACCCACUCCCACCAAGAGGUUACAGUAUAGCCAGGAUAUACCCAGUCCCUUGGCUGAUGAGCAUGCGCUGAUAGCCUCCUUUGUGGCCCGUCUGCAGCACUGUGCACGUGUCCUGGACAGUCCUAGCCGACUGGAUGAGGAACACCGGCUUAUAGCUCGCUAUGCUGCCCGGCUGGCUGCAGAGGCAGGAAACAUGACCCGUCCUCCCACCGACUUGAGCUUUAACUUUGAUGCCAACAAACAACAAAGACAGCUUAUUGCAGAACUGGAAAACAAAAACAGAGAGAUCCUGCAGGAGAUUCAGCGUCUCCGUCUGGAGCAUGAGCAGGCUUCCCAGCCCACCCCGGAGAAGGCCCAGCAGAACCCCACACUGCUGGCGGAGCUGCGGCUGCUGAGGCAGAGGAAAGAUGAGCUGGAGCAGAGGAUGUCAGCGCUGCAGGAGAGCAGGCGGGAGCUGAUGCUGCAGCUGGAAGGGCUGAUGAAGCUGCUGAAGGAGGAAGAGCAAAAGCAGGCAGCUCAGGCCACAGGAUCGCCGCAUACGUCGCCCACUCACGGAGGCGGCCGCCCAAUGCCCAUGCCCGUGCGCUCCACCUCCGCCGGCUCCACACCCACCCACUGCCCGCAGGACCCGCUGAGCGGAGUCGGCGGGGACGUGCAGGAGGCCUUCGCCCAGGGUACGAGGAGAGACCUCCGCAGUGACCUGCUGGUGGCCGCUGACUCCAUCACCAGCACCGUGUCAUCCCUGGUGAAGGAGCUCCACUCAGCUGCUCUUUCCUUAGGCCCGCUCAGCUGUCUCGCUCCAGAGCUUUCCUGGAUGACUGGAACCGCAUCAGCUGCAAAAGCUUCUGGACUUUCUCCCGGCUGCCUUUCUGCUCUCUCCUAUUUGAUUUGGUUUUGAAACCCUAUUCUCUCUUUUUGUCCAUGACGAGGCUCUGAUUUCACUGGAAGUUCAUGACCUGAGUCUGUUGCUUCCUUCGUUCCUCAUGUUCAGUCUUAUCUAUGACUUCUUUCUCAGUCUGUCUGUCUCUUAGCUAUUUCAGUGAUUUUCCAGAGACCCUUACCUCAUGGCAUAUUUCCCCUUACAUAAUACCCAGGAAGGAGAGAAGAAAUAGAAGGCCAUUCCCAUGUCAGCAUGUCUUCAAGAAUCCCCAUGAUUACAUCAGUUUUGAAGCCGUCAGAUAUUUUGCUAAUCUUUUUUAUGGUGGUCAGAUUCCCGUGUUAUAUAUUAAACAAACAGAUUCCCUUCCUAAGUGCUGUGGGUCACUCAUACAGAUGGCCCUCUUUUGUGUCUUUCCACCUAAUGUAAUGCUUUUGGAUACCUUGAACUAGCUUAACAAGGCUAUUGAAUAAAAAUAUAAAGCAGGUUUUCCGUGAGCUAUUCAGACACAUGUACUUAUUCAAACACAAUACAUUGAAAUCAUCUGUGCAUGCGCUUAGGGAAGGCGAGCCUUGUGUACUCCUUCAGACCUUUGUAGGAGAAAGCAUAUGCCUUUAGUGUUGUCAUGGGACCAGGCCAAGGUCUGGCCCACGGCUUCGCUCUCAGAUCUGCUGUUUUCAUUUAGAAGAGAAUAAGUGUGUGGCCUGUGUUGGUUUUUUCUGUACAGUUAAGAUGCCAGUUCUCCUGUUCAGGCAGCAUUACAGUAACACUGUCUCCAUUCUGGUACCAUUUCUCAAUCCCUUUUAGAAGCACUGCUCCCCUCCACACACACAUAAACAGAAGAGAUGACCACCUUUGAGAUGACCUCAUGGGUGCUUAGAAAGUCCCUUCCCUAAUAUAGCUCCCCACAGAUGCCAGAAAUCCCACUUCUGGAGGGAAUUUCUUAGGGGAUUUCAGGCCAUGGAAAUUAACCACACUCAUGCCUCAUGGCCACGUAUUAGGGUUUGUGCAAAAUGAGUGGUUCAUGAGCUCAUCACACUAGUUUGGGAGGUAACUAGACAUCAUUAAACACAAAGCACAUAGAGACCAAACAGCUUCAUAAUAAGUAAGGGUAUGGGGAUACUCAGCAAUCUCUCCUAGUAAGAAAGGAUAGUUUUAACAAAACCAUGUAAUGUAUUUGGAAGGUACCUUAGAGAUCACAUUGUCCACUCCCCUUACUUUAGAAAUGCAGUGAGUGAUUAUCAGAAAAGAGAUUUGCCUAAAGUUACACAGCUUGAAGGGGCAAAGCUGGUCCUAGAGCUUAGGUCUGAACAUUAAGCUGAUGCUCUUACCACCAUACUGUCCUUAUCCCCACACAGGACAAGGGAUCAUGUCUGCAAUCCCACAAGGGCCCCUUUCACUGAUGCUCCACUCUCCCAAGCCCUGAAGUCCAUGGUAGAUGUGGAUGGACUAGGCCCACACAUGGCACAGUAUCUCUGUCAAACACAGAGGUAAACUCCCUUUACGUGCAAGGCUGCCAGUUUCUCAGUGAGUGGAA